AUGAAUGCUAAAAUGAAAGUUGAUACAAUUGAUCCCCAACGUACUCAUUCAAAUGCGGAAAAUGUCCCUGAAAGUGAAGUCGACACCAGUGAUCUAGAACUGUCUAAUCCUCAAUACGAUUGUAAUGUACUACGGCGCAACUUGUCUCAGGAAUCAAGUUUCGACAAGUGCACUAGCUACUCUAUACCAAACACACGAUGUAGUGAUAUAAGCAUUCGAGGUAAAGAACGCUUUCCAUUACGUGCUGUUAGCACCAAUAGUCGGACUGCGUCACGUCGAUCACUGAACAAAUGGGUUUCAGGCGUUCAUCGCCUCAAACCUGCUAAUUCAAUCAACAAUACAAAUGCCUUUUACAGGUCUAUCGAUUUUGGGGAAUUAUUUACUGCUGCAACGAGUGAAGAAGCAUUGAAUUAUGUAUCUCUAGUGGAUGUAAACAGUACGGAUUCAGUUGUUGUAAUAGUGGAAACGCAUUCGGAUUGUCGUUAA